AUGUUGGCCGCUUUCAAGCACAGUAUGCUCGUCACUGGGGGCACCCAAGGACUGGGAUACUAUACGGCCUUGGAAAUUGCUCGUAAUUCGCCAAGUACCCAAGUGGUCAUCGCCUCUCGCCAGCACAAUCUCAAAUUCCUCAAGCUUGACUUGUCUAGCUUAACAGCCGUUCGCAAGUUCAGACAGACUUGGGAGGAAAAUAACUUACCUCCUAUAUCCGCCUUAGUCUUCAACGCAGCUCUACAAUUCCCGGGCGAGAUAGAGUACACCGAGGACGGAUUCGAAAAGACAUAUGGUAUCAGCCAUGUCGGUCACUCCCUGCUUUUUGCGCUGUUGCACCCGUACCUCGCCGACGAGGCUCGCGUCGUCAUCACCUCCAGCGGCACACACGACCCUGCUCAGAAAACGGGGCUCCCCGAUGCGGUUUACAGGUCUGCUGGAAAUCUCGCGCAUCCUCCCGCCAAGCUAGGAAAUGGCCCUGGGCGACAGCAUUAUUCGAACACAAAGCUUUCCAAUGUCCUCUACACUUAUGCGCUGAACCGGCGAUUUAACAAGAUCAAUCGUAAGUCCGGUAAACACUGGGCUGUGACUGCUUUUGAUCCCGGGCUUAUGCCUGGGACUGGGCUCGCGCGUGAUGCAACCCCACUCGAAAGGUUCCUCUGGUACUGGAUCCUACCGCAUAUCAUCCCGCUUCUGCGGAUGCUCUUCUCGGAGAACGUUCAUUCGCCUCAGGACUCAGGGGCGUCUUUGGCGAGGCUGGCGGUGGGGGAUGAUGUAAAGGGCGUCAGUGGCGUCUAUUUUGAGGGCCGCAGGGAGAUCAAGUCUAGCCAAGACAGCUAUGUGGAGUCUAAGCAGGAGGAUCUAUGGAUCUGGACGGUGAACACUAUUGCGAGUGAUGAGGAGGAGAAGAUUAAUUUUGCACUUGAAGAUCUGCUCUAA